CGAUUGGUCGUCCAUGUUGUUUCAUCGUUCACGUUGAUUACGUUGAGGGAGAACUAAAAUCAUGAUUCCUCAACGAUUAUUGCGAAUUUCAUUCUCACCUCUUGCCAGAAGAGGAAUAAGGCUAUUUUCCGUKAGUAGUUCCAGUGAGAGUGCAACUUCAACGAAAAGUAGGCCUCAAGAUGAUACAAGAAGACCCCUUUAUCUUGACCAACAAGCUACAACACCACUGGAUCCCAGAGUUAUUGAUGCCAUGAUGCCAUACACUGUGUCUUAUUAUGGAAAUCCUCAUUCACGGACACAUGCUUAUGGAUGGGAAAGUGAAGAGGCUGUUGAGAAAGCCAGACAGCAAAUUGCAGACCUGAUAGGAGCUGAUCCUAAAGAAAUAAUCUUUACUAGUGGGGCAACAGAAUCAAACAAUAUUGCCAUCAAGGGAGUUGGUAGAUUUUACAAGAAGAACAAGAAACAUGUUAUAACCACACAGACAGAUCACAAAUGUGUACUUGAUUCAUGCCGAAGUCUUGAAAGUGAAGGCUUUGAAGUAACUUAUUUAAAAGUUCAUGAAAAUGGAUUGAUAGAUCUUGAGGAACUUGAAUCGUCUAUCCGUCCAGACACGUCAUUAGUGUCUGUCAUGACUGUGAAUAAUGAGAUAGGUGUCAUUCAACCAGUUCAAGAAAUAGGAGAGCUGUGCCGAAAGAACAAGAUUUACUUUCAUACUGAUGCCGCUCAGGCUGUUGGGAAAAUUCCAAUUGAUGUCAAUGACAUGAAGAUUGACCUUUUGUCUGUCAGUGGACAUAAAAUAUAUGGCCCGAAAGGAAUUGGUGCACUGUAUGUCAGGCGAAGACCACGUGUUCGUGUUGAACCAAUCCAAAGUGGAGGUGGACAAGAAAGAGGGAUGCGUAGUGGUACAUUACCCCAUGUCUUGUGUGUUGGAUUGGGCACUGCCUGUGAAGUAGCUAAGAAUGAAAUGGAGUAUGACCACAAACACAUAACAGCGCUUGGAAAUCGUCUUAUUGAUGGGAUAUGUUCACAGUUGACUCAUGUAACUAGAAAUGGUGAUCCUGACCAUGCUUACAUGGGMUGCGUCAACUUGUCGUUUGCUUGUGUUGAAGGCGAAUCAUUAUUAAUGGCAUUGAAAGAUAUUGCUCUCUCAUCGGGAAGUGCCUGCACAUCAGCCUCUCUUGAGCCAUCCUAUGUCUUGCGAGCUAUUGGUGCUGACGAAGACCUGGCACAUUCAUCAAUAAGGUUUGGACUUGGGAGGUUUACCACAGAAGAAGAAGUUGACUACACAGUUGAAAAGAUUGUUCAACAUGUCACUCGUCUCAGRGAAAUGAGCCCACUUUGGGAAAUGGUWCAGGAAGGCAUUGACCUYAAAACAAUCCAGUGGUCACAACAUUAAAAUCUAGAAAUUUCAAUACUYAACAARGUUGUACCCCUUUAAAAGCUAUCUGGAGUUGAAUUGUACGUCUUCCAUGCAGAGACCAAAGCAAUGCAAUAUGCAGAUAUGACAGAUAUAUGAUUUAUGUUGUACAAAGAAGUGUUAUAUUACGAGUUGCAUUGAAAUAUUUAAUGCKGAAUGAAAACGUAAGAYAAWGCCCAAUAUGAUGCUAUUWAAU